AGUUGAUGCGACUGUACAGGAAGUCGACGGGCAGAACUUAAUACAACAUUUACAGAUGACCGCAGUGGAGUUGGUUAUUUAUGUGAUAAAACGUAAAGCAGCUACAGAGCUAGCGUUCAGCUAGCAGCUGAAGUAGAAGCUAAAACAGAGCUAGUUCAGUCGGUGUCAGAAUGGACUCCUGGGUUCGGUUCAGCGCUCAGAGUCAAGCCAAGGAACGAGGAUUCAGAGCGGCUCAGUACGCCUGCAUGUUGGUCGGCUCCGCUCUGCACAGGACCUCGGCAGCGCCGGAGCUCCGCUCGAAAAUCAACAGCCUGGAGGCUCACAUGAGCCUCACGAGAAAGUUGCUGCGUCUGGGGAACUCUGUGGAAGCGCUGCAGGCUGCCAAACGGACCAUCCACCUGUCUGAUGGCGUGCUGAGGCUCUGCCUGACCGUCAGCCACCUGAACAGAGCCAUGUACUUCGCCUGCGACAACGUGCUGUGGGCAGGAAAAACAGGCCUCGUGGCCCAACUGGACCAGCACAAAUGGAGUCAGAGGUCCUUCAGGUACUACCUGUUUGCUCUGAUCCUCAGCCUGACCCGAGACCUGUACGAGCUCCGCCUCCUCCUCGACUCUGAGACCCGCUCCAGAGGCACCAAGUCCCCCCCGCCUCCCUCCGACAGCAGCGCUCUCCUCACCGACCCCCUCUCCACGUCCUCCUCUCCCUCUGCCGGAGCUCCGCCUCUUCCUCUUGCCCGUCUCCACAGGCGCCUCCAUCAGGUUCUGACGGUUCUGUACAGAAACCCGCCGCUGCUGCUGGACCUGCUGAAGAACAGCUGUGAUCUCUUCAUCCCACUCGACAGGCUGGGGAUCUACCCGACCGGGCCGGGUUUUGUCGGGACCUGCGGCCUGGUCUCCUCUGUCCUCUCCAUCCUCACCAUCGUCCAGCCGUGGCUCAAACUCAAACCAUGAACCCAGUUUGGCCCGUUCAGAACAGAACUGUACCGACGUCAUGUGAUCAACUCCUCUGGAGGCUCGAGUUCUAACAGACGUUUUAUGAUCUUUCUUUUUGCCCAACAAAAGAAAUGUUCUUUCCUGAAUGUUAACGUUUUUAACAGCCGUCUAUCCACACGUAGAGAACGUAAAACCUGGAAGUUUUCAGUUUU